AACCCGGGCCUUGGUUUCUCCCGCCGUUUUCCAGGUGAUCGAGGAUUUCUACAACCGCACGUGGCUGUACCGAUACGAGGAGCCCAUCAGCCCCGCCACCCUCACCACGCUCUGGUCCCUCUCCGUCGCCAUCUUCUCCGUCGGGGGCAUGAUCGGCUCCUUCUCCGUGGGGCUCUUCGUCAAUCGCUUUGGGAGACGCAACUCCAUGCUGAUGUCCAACAUCCUGGCCUUCGUGUCGGCUGUGCUCAUGGGCUUCUCCAAAAUGGCUUUCUCCUUCGAGAUGCUCAUCCUCGGCCGCUUCAUCAUCGGCCUCUACUCCGGCCUCACCACCGGUUUUGUGCCCAUGUACGUGGGUGAGGUGUCCCCCACUGCGCUCCGGGGGGCCCUGGGGACCUUCCACCAGCUGGGCAUUGUCCUGGGCAUCCUCAUUGCUCAGGUGUUCGGUUUGGACCUGAUCAUGGGAAAUGACUCGCUGUGGCCUCUGCUGCUGGGCUUCAUCUUCGUGCCUGCCCUGCUGCAGUGCAUCAUCCUGCCCUUCGCCCCCGAGAGCCCCCGGUUCCUCCUCAUCAACCGCAACGAGGAGAACAAGGCCAAGAGUGUCCUCAAGAAGCUGCGGGGCACGACGGACGUGAGCAGCGACCUGCAGGAGAUGAAGGAGGAGAGCCGGCAGAUGAUGAGGGAAAAGAAGGUGACCAUCAUGGAGCUGUUCCGCUCGCCCAUGUACCGCCAGCCCAUCCUCAUUGCCAUCGUCCUGCAGCUCUCCCAGCAGCUCUCGGGCAUCAAUGCGGUUUUCUACUACUCCACCAGCAUCUUUGAGAAGUCAGGGGUGGAGCAGCCCGUCUACGCCACCAUCGGCUCCGGCGUGGUGAACACGGCCUUCACGGUGGUCUCGCUGUUCGUGGUGGAGCGGGCCGGGCGCAGGACCCUGCACCUCAUCGGCCUGGCGGGCAUGGCGGGCUGUGCUGUGCUCAUGACCAUCGCCCUCACGCUGCUGGACCAAAUGCCCUGGAUGUCCUACCUCAGCAUCGUGGCCAUCUUCGGGUUCGUGGCCUUCUUUGAGAUCGGCCCUGGCCCCAUCCCGUGGUUCAUCGUGGCCGAGCUGUUCAGCCAAGGCCCCCGUCCUGCGGCCUUCGCGGUGGCCGGGCUGUCCAACUGGACCUCCAACUUCAUUGUGGGGAUGGGCUUCCAGUACAUCGCGGUAAUCACGGGGGGACCACGGGGGGAACGGGGGACACGGGAAUCCGGGUGUCUGGAGGGACUCAGGUGUCCCCGGGGGGUCCCAGGAAUCUGGGGGAGUCGCAGUCCUGCACACCCAGACUGGGUUGGGUCUGGAUGGUCCCAGAUCCCGGUUCUGGAUCAGGGAUGGAGGUGGUGUCUGGCUGGAUCCUGAUCUUGGGUCCUGGUGGUGGAUCCCUGUGCCAGACUCAAGUGCAGGAUCCCACUUCUGUGUCCUGCUGCCAAAUCCAAGUGCUGGGUCCGGCUGCUGGAUCCCAGUGCCAGAUUUUGAUGUUGGAUCCUGGUGUCAGAUCCCGGUGCUGGAUCCCAGUGUUGGAUCUCAGGGCCAUGUCCUUGAGCCCUAAAACCUGGGCUGAGGUGG